ACGGGCGUCAACAUCGUUUGCAGUAGAGUUUUUCCUUCUUCCAAGUCCUCAAAACUGUUUUGAAAGUGGUCAGAUAUGAGACUCAGAUGUGUCCAGUCCGCCAGGCUGAAAGUUGAAUGUACUUUCAAAAUUGAUGCGAGGUUCGGUCGGUGAUGGCGGAAUGAACCUCAGGGUUAUAAUCAAUCUGUAAUAUCCCUGAAAUAAAGCCGCUUCAUGUUGUCUGCCAUCGUUUUGUUAUUUUAAUUUAUAAGAUGUCUAGAUAUAACAGUAGAUGUUGGAGACGGAGUGACUUCUGUGAAGUCCUUUCCAGUCAUUACCUUAUGUCAAGCUGAACAUUUUAUUCCAUAUUAUACUAUAUUGUUUUAGUCAUCCGGACCGAAAUCUUCCAUAAUGUUAGAAACGGCUCAUUUCAACUCUCCUCCUCCCAAUAUGGGGAUGCCUCCACCCAUGGGUGGGCCACCAAAUUUGUCAUUACCACCACCAAAUAUGGCAGUCCCACCACCAAACAUGCCGGGACAUCCUGGUCAUCACUACAAUCGUUACAACAGUGGUGGCCCUCCAGCUGGGAUACCACAGCAGGGACCAAGAGGUCAACAUUUUUUUCAACCUUUCCGUCCAUACCCAAGGCCAACUCUUGACCCUGAAUUUGAUGGGAAAAGACUGAGAAAAUCAGUGAUGAGAAAAACUGUUGACUAUAAUGCUGCCAUUAUUAAAUUGUUAGAAGCAAGAGUGUGGCAACGAGAUUUUAGGGACAGGAGAGCUCUGCAACCGGACGUUUUGUAUUACCCUGAUUUACAACCUCCACGGAGUUAUGAGGAUAAUCCCAUGAAUGCAGUAACAACAAGAUUUGUAAAAACAGCUACCAAUAAAAUGCGUUGUCCUGUAUUUUGUAUGGCAUGGACUCCAGAGGGAAGGAGAUUAGUUACUGGUGCUUCUAGUGGAGAGUUCACUUUGUGGAAUGGACUGACUUUCAACUUUGAAACCAUCCUUCAGGCUCAUGACUCCCCGGUCCGCACCAUGGUCUGGUCUCAUAAUGAGCAGUGGAUGGUGACAGCUGACCAUGCUGGCUACGUCAAGUAUUGGCAGUCCAACAUGAACAAUGUCAAGAUGUUCCAAGGGCAUAAGGAGGCUGUUCGUGGCAUAAGCUUCAGCCCAUCAGAUUCCAAGUUUGCAACAUGUUCAGAUGAUGGAACAAUUCGUGUUUGGGACUUCUUGCGCUGCCAUGAGGAGAGAAUACUACGUGGUCAUGGUGCAGAUGUGAAGUGUGUUGACUGGCAUCCCCAGAAAGGGCUUAUAGUUUCUGGAAGUAAAGACAAUCAGCAACCAGUCAAACUGUGGGAUCCGAAGACUGGUCAAUCAUUAGCUACUUUACAUGCACACAAAAGCACAGUUAUGGAUGUUAAAUGGAAUAGCAAUGGAAACUGGCUGGUAACUGCGUCACGGGACCACCUUCUUAAAUUGUUUGACAUCAGACAACUGAGUCAGGAGUUACAAACGUUCCGUGGUCAUAAAAAGGAAUCUAGUAGUGUUGCUUGGCAUCCAUAUCAUGAAGGAUUGUUUGCAAGUGGCGGUUCUGAUGGAGCUAUAUUGUUCUGGCAUGUUGGGGCGGACAAGGAAGUUGGGGCAAUUGAACAGGCCCAUGACAGUAUAGUAUGGACCUUGGCAUGGCAUCCUUUAGGUCAUAUUCUCUGUUCAGGAUCAAAUGACCAUACUAGCAAAUUUUGGACUCGCAAUCGCCCUGGUGACCAAAUGCGUGACAAGUACAACCUAAAUAACAUGCCAGCUGGUGUUACUGGCUUAGAAGAAAUGGAACAAGAUGACACUGCUGUUAUACCUGGAAUGGGUCCGGAGGACAAGGUUGAUAAUACUCAUGAGCUUGCUGAGUUAUCAGUAUCAUCCUCUUCAGCUAUGGAUGCUAUUCCAGGCUUAGAUUUUGAUAUGGAUGAUAAGAAUUGUAAACUGCCUCUCAUCAAGAAGGGUUAUGCCGGAAUGCGAUGGAACUCAACGGCCAACAACUCACGACGUCCAAAGGUUCCUUAUUCCAAACCGAUUCCUAGGAAUUUCCAAGCGCAAUGGAAUGAUACAGCUAAACCUAAUUUUGAUGAAGAAAAUGGAGAUGAUGACUUUAACUGUGAAAAUAGAGAAGCUGAUCAAGAUGCUAUUGCUAAAAUGAUACAACAAAUUGUGGAAAAGGUACCUGGUGUAGUUCCAGUAACAGAACUAGAACCAACAGCCCUCUUCAUGUAUGGAAAAGUUUUACCUGUUACUCCGGAUUCGGUUCUGUCACGCACUAUUGGCAAUGGUGCUGAUGCAAUAUAUCGGCUGAUCAAUUGUGGUGCUGUAGAAGACUUAGUUAAUGAUAUUGCUCAUGAUGAAAGCACCCAGUAUUACCAUGAAGAUCCUUCAAUUGACAGUGAGCUUCGAUCAUUGAAAGCCUAUGAACUCCCUAGAAGACCUCCUUUGCUAUCAACACCUAAUAUACCUCCUCAAAAAUUGCCGGAUAGGAGCCGUCCCAGGGGUCGUGGAAGAGACCGAGACCACGGUCGAGGGCGUUCUAGGGGCUCUCAUAAUGAUGAGGACGAGGAGGACUACCGCGAUGGGCAGGGCGCGGACUACGAUGAGCAGGACGACUACUACGAGGGCUACGAGGAGGACGACUCUGAUGCUAUCCAUCAAAGGUUUAUGAGUGAAGAGGAGGAAAUUUACAAUUCAACUCUGAUUGACCAAGAAAAUGCAUUUGGAGAUCAAGAUUUGAGAGAUCCGCGAAUGUCCGGACGGGAGUUUGGUGAUCAGGACUUGAGAGGUCCAGGCAAUGGUGACAAGGACAUGCGGCAGUCAUCGCAACCUGGACCUAGUCUGUUGGGGUUGGCUCCAGGCAUCCCUGCUGGUGGGGGAGUCCUGGGAAGGAAUUCCACAUCAGGCCCAUUCAUGAAGGAUCACGAUCUAAGACGAUCGGGACCCCUAAUGGAUCCGCGUGACCCGCGAGACCCCCGCGAAUCUCGUGAUCCUCGAGACCCUCGUGACCCUCGCGACCCUCGUGACUCUCGUGACCCGCGUGACCCUCGCGACCCGCGUGACCCCCGAGAAUCGCGAGACCCACGAGACCCGCGCACUCAGCACAGCGCCCCGUCCGUGCCCGCGGCCGACGAGGAGCACCAGGGCGAGGACCGCGACUACCGCCGUUCCUCGCGGCCGCCGCUGCUGCCCCACGCCGCGCACGGCAACCCCGGCGGGCUGCUGGGGAAGUUCCCCGUGCCCGGCGCGGGGCCGUUCGCCGGCAAGGCGAAGGACACGGACUACCGCCAGGCCGGCGCUGUCGACGACGGCCGCCCGACCGACCCCCGCAGGGGAUCUUCCGGCGCAGGCGCCGGUGGUCUGUACCGCGGCAAGGACGACUACGAGGACGGCGAGGAGAUGGACGAGCAAGGUCGCGGAGGGUACGGCGGCAGCCGCUGGGGCGGCGCUGCCAGCAGCCUGGGGGCGGAGGGUGGCGACGAGGACUACGAUGACUCGGCAGGCCCAAGCCCGGGCCGGUGGGGCCCUGGCGGUGGCAGUCGCGGCCGAGGCCGGGGGAUGCGAGGCAGCGGCAGCGCCGGCGGCUGGGAGCAGAAGCGGCCCGCGCAGCCACGCGCACACGGCCUGCUGGAAACGCCCCGAGGGGGGCUGCUCGCCACGCCCAACAUGCCCCCCAUGCACGAGCAGGAGGACGACUACCACGGCCACCACGGCUCCAAGAGGCCGCGGCACUGGGAAGAGGACGAGGAGCACCACGAGGACGGCGACGACGCCGAGGGCGGCGGCCAUCGCGCAGGGUACCGAGGUCGAGGCCGCGGGGGCGGCUGGGGCAGCUCCUACUCAUCGUCGCCGAGGGGCGGCAGGGGUUCCGGAGGCCCCAUGCGGGCUCGCGGCAGAGGUGGCCGGCCUGGAGGACCCCCUCGAGGUCGCGGAAGAGGCCGUGGCGGAUGGAACUAGCAGAAGGCUGCCACCAGUGCUUGCCUUCAUUCCUUUGUUGUUUUUUUUUUUUGUUUUUUUUUAUGGUAAUUCUUUUUUUAAAAUUGUGUACCUUGCAUUUGCGUCGCGAUCGUUCGCGUAAAACUCAUUCCAGUUAUGAAACUGGUGAUGUGUCAGUUCUGUGUGGUGUGAGUUCUUCGUCACAGGAGGUUGUGUUGUUUUAAUCACCGUGCACUACUGAGUGAAAUGAGUGUGAUGUUUGGAAACUUUUCCAAUGUGGACAUAUUAGUUAUGCAAUCAUUGUGCGGGGCGCUGCUGUGUAUUGAUAUAGUUUUAGUGUUAUAAAAUUAUCACCGUAAAGAAGAAAAGGCUCGCAAAAUUGUGAAUUUGGUAAGAUUGUUUCGGAGAUUGUUGGCUUUCUUUUAUUUUCUGUCUAGCUGGUAUUCCAGUGCUUGAUUGCUGGUGAUUGCACCCUCAAAUUAUCCAUUUUACCAUUUUCUAAUGAACUCAAAAGCGAUUCUCUCGAAGAAAGAAACGCAUUUGGUAUGCAAACCAUUGUAACUCCUUGUUAUCCUGGUUAGACAACGAGCUUUAAUGAAAAUGAUGCACAAAUGAAAUUAAGCAUCAUAUUUUGUGAAUGAAGUGCCCGAGGAUCAAAGUCAACGCGAUACAUGCAGUCUAAUAAAAAUAUCUUAUUUAAUUUAAAA